UAGUUGUUCUAACUUCACUAUACAUACUUUACAAACGCACAUUUUACAUGUGACCUUCACUCCACUGCGCGAUUUCUUGUUGCUAUGGCAACGAGCCGUCUCCUCGCCUUCACUGACAACUUCUCCGCGACAGGUAAGUAACAAGUAUCUCUGGUAAGUUGACUUGAGUUUCCUCCUCCGGAUGCUUUAACAGUUAUCUGGAAUCCAUGGCGAGUCUUAGUGAACUGUAAUUUGUCCCGGAAGUUAUGAAGAUUCCGGUUUACAAAGUCCAGAGCUCUGAUUUAACGAGUUAGCGAGUUUAGCUCGAUGCUAGCUUUAGCUACUUAGCAAGACUGAAGUAACAUUCGUGUUUAUAGUCGCCUGAACCGUAACUGUGUUGUCGAUGUUUUGACGUCUCAAAUAUGAUUCUAGUGACACACGAGCACUGUAAUGCUAAUUUUAGAAGUAAAAAGUUCAGGAAAACAAUGCAAUACGUUCUAAUUCUAUUUCGUGUAAUGUUCUAAUAAAUCAGAGAGUUGUCAAUUAAACUCUUCUUUCAAAAUUUAAUGGUUUAACUUUGGUUUUUGUUUUUUUUCAGAACUGUCCAAAAUGAAGCUGUAGAUCAGUCCAGCUUCUUGAGGGACUAUUACCUCACCCCGUGAAGACUAUUUUAUCCUACAGUGGUGAAUAUAGCACAAAGAAGAAGAAGAAAAUUGGUCUAAUCCCUUCUCCUCUAAAGACAUUGACAUUGUCCUGCGACUGUAUUGCAAAGUAAGCUCAUUAAAAUCAGUAAUUUGUACACGUUUCUUUCACAGGAGAUUUGAAAUCACACUGAAGGUGAGGAGACCUCUAUUCCUGCUUGUGUGCUGCUUGUGUGUCAACAUUCAGAUCCACUAUAAAUGCAGGAAUAAAGAAUGAAACAUUUACGGUUUGAACCAAAGCCAGGGCGCAGGAGUGAGUGUAAAGGAGACAACAAAAAACACCUCAGUCGAUGGAGGAAAUUCAGUCGUCUAAAGAAGCCACUCAGGGAAUUCAACUCAAAUAUAUUUUUGUAGCUGACAGACUCGGCAGUCAAGGGUCAUGGAAGAGCCACAAGUCUGAAGCAAAAGGAUGCAUGUAGAGCCAGAGGUUGACACCCACAGAUGAGACUUUUGUAGAGAUCAGCGCCAUGUUUGCCGCAAAUCAAAAACCUCACGAUGGGUCAUCCCAGUCGAGUUUGAGAAACAAAUCAAAGAGGAGUCUUUCGGAGAGGAAGAAGAAAGAGCAGGCGCCCGGUUCCUCUGGUGGUCAAGUGACGCUGCCUCCAAUAGUCACGGAGCCGGCUUUCACUGCUUCGCCCGAGACGCUGUUCAAUCCAGCCGGCAUCCUUGAAAGUGCGAGGAGCGACGGAGCUGAGAAACUUCCUAGGCUCACUGACGGGAAUAGAAAGGCUGCCACUAAAAAUAAGUUGCGAAAACCUAGGAAGUUCAGCCUCAGCAUCCCCAUCAGACCUCCUGAUGCCAUUACAUCACAGAGCCUGGACCAGAAAGUGCCAAGUCGGACCAGAAGACCUGCGGUGUUGAAAGAUGAUGGGGAAAACUUGGCAAAUAAAUAUCCAUUCAGUGGCAGAGAUGUAGUUGAGAUGUAUGCCAAGAAGAACACUGAGGCGUUGAACCUUUAUUACCUGAAGCAGAUGGAAGGGGACUAUUACAAACCCUAUGACCUAAGAGUGGUCAACUCCUGUGAGGCUGGCGCAGAGCAUUUCAUUUUCUCCCCCAAAACGGUCAUACAUGUGUCAGGUGGGAGCUACGGAGACGUCAUGACUUUAGAACAAUGGCACAGAGAGUCCUCCAUAUGGAACUCAUUGCAGGAAAUAAAGCUCUUCCGACAAUUUCGAGUCCAAAAAGCGUUUGAUCGGUGGCGCUGGAAUGUGCGCAAGAUUAUUUUUGAGCGCAAGCGCGAACUACUGGAUGGGAUACUGCUUGUGGCUGUUCCCCAGUACAGGAUGGGCUUGCAACUCUUGUCCGGAGUCCUUGUAGAACUCAGUGAAACACACUGGCUUCCUCUGCAUGAGUCAACGCCGUACACACUGCAGGAUUUUAAAAACAUGUUGUUGGCGAAGAAUCAAGAGUGUCUUCAGAUGGUGUUGAAAGUAACACAAAAGCGCACAGUCAUCCUAAACAGAGUCAGAGAAGAUAUUUACUCCAUCCAUAAAGAGCUGCUGCUGCACAUUGAAUACUCGAAAAGGCCACAGAAAUGCUUCAUUCCCAUUCACCGGUGUCUGGGUCAUCAGCUGGAUCUGCAGAAGCAGCUCGCCGACGUGAAGAGCGUUUUACGGAAACUGGGCAGCUUCGGCAUGCUCAUCAAUCACAUGAUCCUGCAGGGUCUCCUCACUUUGUUCAAAAAAGAUUUGACCAAUUUCCUCAAUUAUGAUUUCAAGACGCUAGAGAGUCCAUUUCAAACUGAGCUGUGUUUUGACACCAGUGGUCAGUUAGCAGUAGACCCACCAGUGCGUCUGUUCCAGGAAGCCCUCAGUGAAGCUCUCCUGAGCAUCAGGGACUCUAUUUGUCAGAUGUGUGAGGACUGUGGGCUCUUCCUGAACAAGGUUGUCGGUGACCUCAACUAUGACUUUGAAAAGGACCCUAUUCAUGACUUCCUCCCUCCUUCAUGUCCGACUGAAGCAGAGGAAGACGAGGGCAGUGACGAAUCAAAAGACCUCAAAAGGAUUUGCUGCUGGAUGUGGAUGAAAGAGGAGCCAAAUGUCCGGCUCGUCCUGUCAAAGAAGAUCGGGGAUUCUGUGGAGGGCGACAGAGUGCACAGCUGCUACUACCCUAUAACUAAAGAGCAGCUCCUGUGGCAUAUCGGUGCCAACGACCUGUCAGGUCAAGUGCAGCUGGAGCAGGCUGUGCUCAUGCAGAAAGCUCAAUUAGAUGUGCAGCAGCUGUGUCGGAGCUACAGUUGGUUAAGUGAGACAAAUGUGCUGCUUCAGAAAUGGAAUGAGACCUCUGCGAGCAUUCAGCCAGCCUCUGUAUAUGAAGAACACAUCAAGGCAGUUUGGGAGUGGGUCGAACGAGUCAAUACAGUGGACUCCUACAUCUCAAACGCCACCCAGUUAUUCACCAUCAAUUGUAUCCACUUGAAGGAAAAUAUAGUUGAGCAGCUGAACGCCAACAUAGUGGAGGUGCAGCAGCACAUCCGUAGACAGAUCAAACAGCACUCAAAGAGUCUCAAAUCUGUCCUGGAAAAACUGAUAGUUGACCUCACAGCUGAGCCGCAAGACUUGGAAGCCUUUUCAGCGUAUGCUAGAAUGGUAAAGGAGUCGGUAAGAACAAUGCCUGACUUGAAGAAACGUUUAGAGUACAUCCAAGCCCUCCGAGACAACCUUUGCAAAAAGAGGCAGAUGACUGAGGAUGAAGUGACGUUGGAACAAGAGACUCUCGCUGCCUGGACUCGGCUUGUUGUCCUCAUGAAACGAGCUAAUGACGACGUGUCUCAACGUCUUCCGUCCAUGUUGGGCAAGAUGAAAAUUAUGUUCCGAUUUCUGGUCAGUGAUGUCAAGCGGGUGGUCUCGCGGGCCACCUCCGGGUCAUUCCUUGUUCCCACCAACAAUCCAAAAGAGAUGAUUUCGGAGCUGGGCCACAUGUGUGCUCAGGUAGAGACGAUGAAGGCAGAGCUGGAGCAGCUGAGCUGGAAUAAUGAAAAACUGCAGGGAGUUCCCCUGGACUUGUCUGCUGUGACGGUGGGUUGUCUGAAAGUCCAGGCACGAAAGGAUCUGUGGGAGCUGAUAGCCUCUCACAAAUCAUGGCUCCAAGACUGGAAAAAGGAAAUGUUUAGCAAGGUGACAAUACCGGAUGUUGAAGAGAAGAUUAAAGCAUGGCAGCGGCAAGCCACAGAAUUAGCAGACAUCAUAUCCACCGAUGAUGUCAUGCUCCAAAUGAUUUUGGAAAAAAUGGACAGCUUGCGCUGUCAGCUCACAGUCCUGGCUAAACUUCAGGACCCUAUGCUCAAGCAGAAGCAUUUUAGAGCUGUUUUCAAUGGAAUGGGUCUCGCGAGUGUCCCAGAGAAGAUUACUGUUGGGGAGCUGCUGUGCCAAAGGCCUGAGGUUCAUCAUUACUUAAUCAUGAAGACAUGCAAGGAGGCAAAAUCAGAGUUUAACAUCGAGCAGACGCUGCACAGUCUGGCAAAGAAAUGGAAAGACAAGCUGUUCCAGCUGGAUAAUUUUGCUGUUCCUGUUUGGCAUCUUGCUGAGGAAAAUGAAACAAGAGAACACGAGCUUGGCACAUUCACAAACACCCAUUCUUCCCUACACACGUCUUUGGAUGAUGAGCGGUACAUAAUUCUAGGUCUGGAUGUUCUCAUUGUGGAGGUAGAUCACGAUUUGAUGACGUUGUCAACAAUCUUGGAGUCACCACACAGUGCUGACAUCAGAUCCGAAGUGGAAGACUGGAUACGCUUACUGCAAGAGCUCGAUCUGUUGUUUGACUUACUGGAACAAUUCCAGACAAAAUGGACACUUCUGAAGAAGCUGUUCAGUGAAAGCACUUUCCAUGUUGACACAACAGCUCUGCAAAAAGCAUUUAAACCAGUUGAUGAGGACUUUAAUAAGUUGGCUCAUCGCUUAAUUGGCCACCCUCGAGUGUUGCACCUCAUUGACAUCAGGAUGAAUAAUGAACGAGGCCUGGAGCUGAGCGAGAUACUGCUUAAGGACAUCUCCACAAUGGAGGCCAUUGCCAAUCAGAUUUCGGACGUCGAGAAUUCCCUUUGCGAACAUUAUCCUCGACUCUGGUUCUUAAGUGAAAGGGAACUAUUACAGCUGCUCUCUUUCCACCCAACACCAGCCACCUUGCUGCCUUUUGUGCGCAGACUGUUUCAAGGCGUCCAGUGGCUCAACGUCGACUGCAAAACUUGUCACGAGGAAUCGAGAAUAUGCAGCGGCAUGUGUGAUAGCUUCAAGCAGAUGACUGUGCUGGGAGUAUAUGGCGGUCUUCAUGAGCACAUGGCGUUUGUUACCUUCUUGGAACCACAUCCUAAUCCACUAGAGUGGUUCGCUAUCUUCGAAGAUGAGUUGAAGAUGUCCUUGAAACGACUCAUUAUACAAUGUGCUGCUGUACACAGACAACUUGCACAGUCCAUCUCAAGCCUUAAAGAUGCCCUUCUCCCAACUGGUGAAAGGAAGAGAGAUGCCCUGCCCAUGCUUGACUUGCUUUCCAAAUAUCCUCUGCAGUGCAUUCUAAUAGCAGAGGAGGCAAAGUGGCGCGAGGUUGCCUUACAGGCUUUUAAAGACUCAAAUUCAGGGUGUUUAAAAAACAUAAAAGAGGUCAUGCUGGACAAACUUAAAUUGCUUGGUGCAUCAAUUAGAGAUCGACUUACAGAAAAGGAAUCUGAAUUGUCCAAGUACACAGUGAUGUGUUUACGGGCUCUUGUUCUCCUCGCAAUGAAGCAUGUGCAACAACUCUCUCAACUUUUGAAGGUGAAAUGUGACCAUGAGUCAUCUUUCGAGUGGUCGAGUUUCAUGAAGUACUCAGUAAACUCUGAAGAACAGAAUGCAGAGGGACAUGGGGGCCAACCUUGUUAUGUGGAUGUCCUGGGUCACCGGUUGCAUCAUGGUUAUGAGUACUUUGGGCCCAACGAUUGGCUCAUGUUCCAUACUCCAUCCACAGAUCGAGCAAUCAUUGGCAUUGUCCUUGCUCUCACUGUCUAUAGAAGUGGGUUUGUGAAUGGCCAGUUAAUGUCUGGAAAAAGCAAAACUGUGGUCCACUUGGGCAAAAUGCUUGGGCGACCGGUUGUUGUCAUGCAGUGCUGCCCCAGCCAGAAGCCAAGGCUCAUCCAUCAAAUGCUCUAUGGAGCUCUAUCGACCGGGGCGUGGCUUGUGCUGGACUGCAUUGAUCUGCUAACUUUAGAAAUCCAGUCGACCUUGGCUCAGCAUCUGCAUGACAUUCACAAGACUUUCAUGACGUUCAUGAGUGGGAAAACUCAAGACUUGGCAGAGAAGAAAACUAAUGUCAGUGAGAAUGCCGAUUCGUCUGAUGAUUUCAAUUGUCGAAUGAUUCUUGCAGGAAGACGCCUGUCUGCUAGUUUAAGCUUUGGAUGUGUUCUCAUCACUUCAAAGAUAUGCACGUUAGAAACCUCUCAAAGUCUCAGAUUUUCAACGAGACCAGUCGCAUUAGCUCACCCAGAUUUGAGGAUAAUUGCGGAGGUUACGCUGACGUCCUAUGGAUUCACAGAGGCCAGGUUGCUGAGCCAUUACCUUGUGUCUCUCUUCAGCCUGGCCAAAGAUUGUCUCUGCCUCCCGACAUUUCUACUGGGUGACAAUGGUGGACAACAUGUUGUUCUGAGAAAGGUUAUUUCUGCCUCAGAGAAGUACUUAAGAGAGAGCAUCUUGGAAGUUGUUUCUAAUACGUCCCAGGAAUCUGUGGAUCACAACUCGGCUGUUGAUCCAGAGGAGACAAAGGAGUUGUUUAAGUGGUGCAACUCACAUUUCUCAGUCAGACAAGGAGUCAUAGAAGAGAUGGCGAUCGUCAAAGCACUUGUUGCUGUUCUGUCACCGCUCUUUGAUUCCGCCGAGGCAGCGUCCAAGUUCAACACCAUUUUCAAGGAUGUGUUUCCAGUUGCCUGCCAACUUCCUCUGAUUCACAAAGGUAUCGAGGAAGAAGAAAAUGAAAAACUCAAGGCGGCAAUUACAGAAACGUUGCAACGAAUGCGCUUGCACUGUGAUGAAGAAAUCCUGUGCAAUGCUCUCAAACUUUAUCAAUCCUUGAAGUACUCGCACUCAGUCAUGCUAGUUGGACUGUCUGGAAGUGGAAAGACAACUUGCUACCAGGCUUUAGCUCGAGCUCUCAAUACCCUUGUCACGCGAGGAGGAGAAUAUGUUGCUGAAUAUUCAAGCGAGGAGUCCAACAUCAAGUCACAUGAUAGCAUUUCAGGGUCCACAUGGAGCUUCGCCAAUAUCACAGUCUUAUAUCCCAAUGCCCUGUCUCUGGAAGAGAUGUUCGGCUGCUACUGUGAAGUACAAGGUUGGCUGGAAGGUGCUAUCGUGAAAAUCUUACGGGAUUCAGAAAGACAUGAAAGCGCAAAUUUCAUCAUGUCUUGCACAAGCAAGAUUGACAGAAGGCCUGUAGUGAAAUGGCUUGUGAUGGAUGGAGACUCUGUUGGACACCCCAGCUGGUUUGACUGCUUGAGCACGAUGAACAACAUGGAAAAGCCCUUUUACUUCAUAUCCUCUGGAGAAAUUCUUGAACCAUCGCAAUCGCACUUUAAAUUGCUCAUGGAAAUGACUGAUCUGAGUGAUGCUUGUCCCUCCUCAGUGGCUAAAGCUAGUGUUGUUUAUUUUACACAAACCGAUUUCUGGAAAGCUGUGUGGACGAGUGCAGCUCGGAACAUCUCAGAUGAGCACAGAAUCGACCAAGGGAUUUUAAAAAUGUGGGAUAGUUUGGUAGAAGACCUGUUCUCCAAAACACUUCAGUUGCUAAGCAAACAUUCGAUUUCCAAGAAAGCCAGGUCCUGCAAGAGGUCCUCGAAUGGAAUGACAGAAGUCCUGUCAUUUAUCCGCAUUCUCUCCGCCUUUGUGGAGCAUUUUGGAAACGAAUUCAAACAAAAUGAAGGAACCAAAAAGUGCCAGAAAGUGACAGAAAGGUAUGAAGCUGGUACGUGUGCAACAGGUGCAAAGAUGAAAGAGCUUUUUGUCCUUGCUUACAUUUGGGGGUUUGGUGGCCACCUCCAUCCACGCCACUGGCCACAGUUUGAUGCGAUUGCUCGGCAACUUUUACUUGAAAGCCGAUACAAAUUUGCUGUGCCGGAUAAUGGCACCGUAUUUGAGCACUUUUUUAGCUUUGAUAGCGACGUAAAUCCCAAGAACACACUGUUGACAAACGCCGUCACGCCCAAGUAUCGAAAGUACUCUUUCAUCCUGGACCUGAUGCUGGAGGCAAACCAGCCGAUCAUGCUCGCAGGGGAGCCAGGGUCAGGAAAAACCUCCUUGUGCAACGGUCUGCUGUCCUUUGAAAAGCCUCAUAUUAGACUGCAUGCUAAUCAGAAUCUAGGUUUUAGAGAUUUGCGCACAAUUUUAAAUGCCCUCAGUUGCCAGCCACCAAUAGAGGAAACCAUGAAAGAUUCAAGAAUGAUUCUCUUUGUGGAUGACUUGCAUGAAGUCAAGUGUGAUUUGUUUGGGAAAAUGUCGAUGACUCUUGAGACACUACGACAGAGUAUUUCACAAGGGGAAAUCGUGACAUUUGAUGGCUAUCAGUUUAAGGUAUUAAGUCCUGGAAUGAUCCAGUACAUGUCCACCUGUCGUGUUUUUGAACUGGACAGUGAGCACAGCAGCGUGCUGUCCCCUCGGCUUUCACGACUUUUCUCCAUCUUCACGCUCCCCAGCCUGACCAUCGACAUCAUUUUUUCCAUUCACUCUCCGCGGCUGGAACACUGGAUUAAAGACAUGCCUGAAAUCUCUAACAUCACUGACAUGUCAAGUUGUAUCGUGAAUGCGACUGUGGACGUAUACCAUGCGGUGUGCAACAUUUUUCAGCCCACACCGCAGACACCGUUUUGCAUGUUCUCCCAUCAUGACCUUCAGAAGGUGUUCCAAGGAAUGUGCUUGUGGCAGCCGAAUGCUGUGGCGACCAUCCAGAAGAAAACCUGUAUCGAGGAGUAUUUACUUCCUCUUUUGAAUGAGCCAGACGUGGUGGAGCUUAAUGUUGUGCACCUCUGGGCGCAUGAAUGUAUGCGCACCUUUGGCGAUCGCUUGUGCUCUGAGGAUGAAUUCAAAAUUCUCGAGUCGCUCAUCGCUGAUACAGUGGAAAAGCACUUUCGAAUUAGUGUUGUGGAUGACUUGCAUUCCGUCACUUUGAAUUUUUCUUUGAGGACAUCCUCGACGGUGGACACUCUGCCAACAGUCACAGCAAAUAACUUCUGGCUUGGCAGUGAUCUAGAUGGACCAAGUGUUGAGCAAGUAACACCGUUACCUGAGCUGUCGUACAAGAGUAAAGACUCUACAGUCACAGAGGAGACCCAGCAAGUCCAGAGUUCUGUGAAGACAACCACAACAGAUCUCCCCCAUGAAUCAGAGAUUCAUCACCAGAUAGAGUGUGUAAUGGACAAGCUUGUGUUUGGACCUAGGCUGUCGGUGUUCCUCAAUUCAAUGCAUCGACAAAACGCUUUUGAACAUGGAUGCCGUUAUCAGCAACUAGACCUGGACGAUCUAGUCAAGCAGUUUUCCGCCUUCAUGGACAGGUCUGAGGAUGCGUCUGGACACAUUACCUCAAAAUACAUUGUCCACAGACAGAGGAUUCUUCAGCUGGUACGUAUUCUGAAGGCUCUGGUGGUACCAGGGGGACAUGGCAUCCUGAUUGGGUCCGAACACGGCACAGGCCGCAAAACCACCUUGCGCUUUGCUGCCGACAUAACCGGCUGCACACUGAUAGAGAUCGACUCGAAGAAUGAAAACAACCUGCUGGAUGUCCUGCGAGAAGCUGGGAACCAGGCCAGAUUGGAUGACAGUCAUGUUUUCAUCAUGGUUCAUGAGGAUGUGAGCUCCUCUGUGAGGGAUGAACUGCUGGUGGCGAUUGCUGACCGAUCAUACGCCGGACCAAAUACCGAUGAGAUUCUGAGCAGCAUCACCAGAAUGACGGCAGCCAAAAACUCCAAAAGAUCACUACUGAAAAACUGGAUAUUCGAGAGGUAUGCGACCCAGAUGCAUGGCCACGUACAUGUCUUCCUUUUGAUGCCCUUUGCGAUGCCAGAAAGCAGAAGUAUGCAAACCCAAAUAAGCAGAGCCUUGAGACUCAGCUUCUUGGUUGAAGUGUUUCCACCCUGGUCCCACGAGUCACUUGUAGAAGUGGCCACUCACCAUUUGAAAUCUACUCUCCAGAAGUUCAGUGCCGGUAGCUUGCUCCCGAGCUUAGCUUUGUCCAUGGCAGAAAUCCACCAGUCUGCUUCCCGGUAUUCAUCUGUGUUCCUCAGUGUUCAACCUUUUUGCCCUCGGACAUAUUUGGAAUUUAUUUCGCACUUCAAUUUCCUGUGUCAACGUCUGCAUCAGCAACAGCAAGGCCAAAUAAACAGAAUUUCUAAUGUCAUGUGUUGCUUGAACGCCUUGAGCAACAUGGCAGUGCGGUACAAGCAGGACCUGUUCAAGCUGCAGGAGAAGGUUGCUGAGAUGCAGGAGCUUGACAAACAGCUUUCUAGGAGUGUGGCAUGUAAGACGGCUGUCUACAUGGAGGCGAAGAAAAAAUGUGAACACAAAGAAGUCAAGCUGCGUGAGCUGGAGAGGAAAAUCAGUUAUCGUCAAGUCGAGGUUAAGAAUAUUUUCUACUCCAAUCAAAAGCUUCUGAAGUGUCUAAAUCCGGCUGAUCUGGAGGAGGUGCGUCACUACAGAGAUCCACCUGAUGGUGUGGUUAAAAUCAUGGAUGCCAUUUGUCUGCUGUUUAAUCGUCCUCCAGGCUGGGAAAGUGCUAAACAGCUUCUUGGACAUCCAGAUAUUUUCCAGGAAUUAGAAUAUUUUGACCGUUAUUCUCUGACAAACGAGCAACUACACACGCUCAAGCACAUUGUUCGGAGCCCCACGUUUGUCCCAGAGACUGUGCGAGAAGUUAGCAAGGCUUGUGAGUCCUUGUGCCGCUGGGUCCGGGCGGUGUAUGAAUGUUGCUGUAUGCAGCACCUGAUGUACCUCAAGCAGCAGGUGGAGCUGCUCGCCGAAGAGGCUCAAGAUCAGCUGGACAUGGCAAAGAGGGACGAGGAGAACCUGCACCGCUGUCUUCAGGAGGCCAAGCGUCAGUCAGAUUGUGUGCAGAAGGCACUAAAGAGGCUUCUUCUGGAGCUUCACGGGGUUGAACAAAUUGAACGAGAGGCUGCCGAGGUCAUCACUCAACUGGAGACACAUUACAGCUACUGGAGGGCUCAACAUCAGGAAGUAGAGUUGAACAAACAAUGUGUACCCGGAGAUGCUCUCAUCCUGGCUGCAAUCAUCUCUUAUUUAGGCCCCUUUGGACCUGAUAUACACAGAGAACUCCUGGUGAAGUGGAAGCAACUUUGCCAGACAGGAGAGAUUGACCCAGACCCCCAAGACCCGAGGAGCUCUCUGUUUAGAACUCGAGAUGUAGAGCCUCAUCAGAGACCACUUGGCUUCCCCAUCCAAGUUUCAGAGAGAUUGGAGCAGCCUCUGGGUCUGGUGCUCAGCAUGAAUGAGUUGCAGAUGCACAACACCUCGUACGACAGACUGGUGGUGAAGCUUUUGUUCUGGAGUUGCAGUUGCGAGUGGGUCCAGCGCUGGUAUCUGCUGGCAAACAUCCAGCAUCACCUCAAGAUAAGCUCUCAAAAAUGCAUUUUCACAGAGGACAAUGCAAGCCUAGAAGAAGAGUUGGAAUGUAAUCUAGUGGUGUCCGCUGAUGACCCACGGCUGCUGGACAAGCUGGACAACGCUGCUCUAACAGGCUUGCGUGUGCUAGUUACUAAUGUGGAACGUGCUGAACCAAGCCCAGAGUUUCUGGCCAAGCUAGUGCGCCCUCUAGAUAGUCGCCAGCCAGGGUUGAAGCGAAACAUUAAACUCAGCCAUCCCAAGUUCUGCCUUUUCCUCAGCACUAAUCUCCCCGUCACAAUGUUUAAAAGCGCGAUCCAUUCCUCUAUCUUGGCACUGGUUUAUGUUGUUGACCUUUCUAUGGGCUCAGAAGAGAUUCAGGAAGUGAUGCUGUCAAAGCUGCUGCACUCCCAGUGCAAAAAUCUGCUGAUUCAGCAUCUGCACCAGCAAAAUGAGAAGCUGUUGCUGCAGAGGAAAAUCAACAAAGAGGAGGAUUCCCUCAUGGACCACAUUCUGCAUUCCAGCCCUCGGAAGCUUCUUAAAAAUAGUUUUCUUCCUCGCUUGACUUUAAGCAAGAAUGUCCUGAAGAGGCUGGAAACGGAGAUGGAGCUGAAUGCUAAUGUGCUGGAGUACCACAAGUUGCUGCUGCACGCCCCUCACCAGCUGACGCAGCUGGCGGCCGCCCUCUACAACGCGCUGCAGGAUUUGUCCCACCUAUCUUCGGAUUACUACUUUUCUUUGGCCACGUUUAUCAAAACAAUGCAUGAAGCUUACCUGGAGGAAGAGAGACCAUUUGUAUCGUUUGCGACUGGAAUGGUUCCUGAAGAUCUGAUUCCUGAGGUCACAAACUACAUGCUUGUUAAAAUGCUAGAACAGUACCGACCUUGCAUUCUCCAAAACCACACGCCUGUUCUGAAGCUGCUUAUGUCUUUAGUACUGCUCCAGCAGAAUCAAGUCUGCUCACCUGCUGAGAAGGCCGUCUUCCUCAUGGGUCUUAAAGAUAUUUCAACCUCUGCACCUGCAACUGAGUCUACUUCUGAGUCAUCUACCGCACUGCCAAGCUGGAUAGCUCCUCAAAUCCAUGGAGAGCUCUAUUGCCUUGAAGGAAUACCAGCAUUCAAAGGGUUGACUGAAUCAGUCAGUGUCGCUCCCUGCCAGUGGGAGCAGUACCUGAACCGUCCAGCCGCCACGCUAGCUGAAGCUUGUCCCUGUCAUACUCAUGCACAUCUGUCCUUGAUACAGCGAGCCCUUCUCUGGAAGACAAUCCACCCGGACCGUCUGGAGGAGCUGGGUGAUGCUUUGAUUGCACACCAGCUCUGCACACCAGGACAGAGAGUCGGGACCGAUGUGCCUUUCUGUGGAAACCCGCUUGGUCUCCAAAGACUUCUUCUUCAGCAUGAUGGACCAAUCAUUGUUAUGUCUCCUGUUCACCGUGAGGAUGAGUGGACAAGCAUUCCGCCCCUCAGAUUAAUCCAAGAACUGGCCUGCUGUACUGCCGAGACAGAUAAGGUGAAAGCAAUAUCUUAUAAUGGACUGUGCGACAAAGACUUCACCCUCUCAACCCUCGACGAAGCAGCCAGGGAUCGACGCUGGUUGGUUGUUAGUGAUUGCAACUUCCUGGAGCGAUGGGAUGGAAAAGUCAAUGCACGCAUCAAUGAGCUUGUGUCGUCCGUACAAGCUACAGUCCAUGGAAUUAAACUGAAGCAAAAAUUCCGCCUUUGGUUUGUAUCUGAAGAAAAUGCUACGUCCUCUCUACCCGUGGAAGUGAGGUUAAACGCCCUGCCGCUGGUUUGCGACUCGGCUGGGAGUGUGAAGGAGGAGCUGAUGUGCUCCCUUCAGCAGAUGUCCAUCAUUCAGAAAAAAACCUUGUCAGGUCGUACCACAGAUAUUAUGGAGCUUAUUCUCCACUCUCUCGUCUUCCACUCCGUCCUGCUUCAAAGACAGAAAUAUAUGUGUCCAAAGAAGAUGUAUCACUGGAGCCUGGACGACCUUCUGACGUUAGUGAACGCAAUCCUAAAUAUUGUAUGUCACUGCCAUGACAAGAAGAAGGCCUUGCAAUAUGUAGCUGUCAACCUUGUGCAUGGUGGUCAUGUGCUGGAAUCUGCUGAUUUAGAGGUGAUGGAGAACACUGCUAAAGCUUGCUUCUUAAUGCUACCACUGGUGGACACUGGACCACACCUUCUCACCAAAGUGUUCUCCAGAUCUGAUCGCUUCGAUUUUUCAGAACUUCUUGAAGUUUUGGACAAGUCUUUUUCAUCUUCAAGCACCAGUGAUUGCACCAUGUUGGGCAUAGGUGCUGACGCCGUGGUCGAGAUCACCAAGAUCAAAUGCCAAAAAAUGAACAAGCUACUCCACGAUACUCAGACCUUUGGAGGGAUAACACGUCGCUCUGGCCCUGAGUUGGCAACUGUCCUGCCCGACUACUUCAACACCACUAUAAGAUUGCACGCACUGCAUAACUCCCUCAAGCAGAAGAACUGCACGAUAGUUGCUAAUUUAGGAGCGGUUUUUCAGAGUCCACUUCAAGACUUCAUCCUGGCUGAGUGGAAUGAUCUUAUUGAUCGGGUGUCUUCGCAUCUCACCGAGCUCCAGCAGCUCUUUCAGUACAGAACACUGACCUUGGCUUCCCUUUUCAAGUUUGCGGACCUGGCUCGUCUGGAGAGGAAGGCCCAGUUGCUCGGGGGUUACCUGUGGCACGAAAACACUUCAGAUCCCCGCGGUGCUUACCGUCUGUCCGCCUUUAAGAAUGCCAGAGGCUUCCUGGUGGCUAUGAAGAGACAGACAGCUCAGAUAAAUCGCACAAAUGUCAGCGAUGUUUCACUACACUUUGAGGUGGUUCCUGAACCCUACCCUUCCACAUUUCUCCCAGAUGCCGUGUUUCUAUCUGGCCUGGAAAUACGUGGGGCAACGUGGGAUAAAAAAGCCGGAGCGCUCGAGUGCACCCUCCACCCCGAGGCCGCCCCAAUGCCUCUUGUUUGUGUCACAGCUCAAGUCAAGGAGACACAAGUGAAACCCGGAAACUCUAGACGGAAGCAACCGCCUUCCUUACCUGUUUACCACUGUCCACUCUACCUGGAAGAGCGUGACUGUGGCAUUGAGGGACUGUCUGAUGUGAACAUUGUUACGACUCUGCCCCUUAAGUCCAAGCUAAGUCCUGUGAUGUGUAGCUUAAAAAGGGUGAGGCUUGUAAGCAAACUCUAGUGGAGCUCCAGAAUGGAGAGGACUUCUGUGAGGCGGUAGGCACUGCUGUUUGAGAUGGAGGAGAACCUGCUUUAUUACAGCACAGUCGUUCGGCAAAAUAGUGUGAAUGCAACCUCUUUUAUUCAUUGAUCUAAUUGAAUGCAUUUUUUCUAUGCCUAUCGUCAGAAACACUUUCUGUCCCUGUGUUUUCAGGUUAAAGCUUGCUAUUUAUUUCCGUUUUAUGUUGGGAGUUAUGUCAUUAUAUUUUUUGUGAAACUAGAUAUUUUAAUCUCAUGGGAAAGAGCUAUGGCAACCUUUGCUGUGAUUUCCCACUCAGCACUGAUCCAACAAGAAUGAGGUUAAGGUUAAGAUUUGAGGAAGUGAAGAAACUUUGCUGAAGCUACAAGAUGAAUCUAAUGUCAGUGUUUGCAUGAUGUUUGAUUUUGACUUCUCUGUGGCUUUUAAUGAAGUCCCUCUGUUGUCUAUAUGAAGUCAUGAUUUUAAUCCCACCACAGAUGAUCUAUUAUAAAACUAUACUUCAAUGCUGCUGUCAGUCUACUCAUUGGUUUUGUGUCUGCUGGUGAAUGAGUAACAUGGACCGACACCAUUAUGAAACCUUCGAGAAGUUUGGCAACGAUACGUUUCUUUUGCACCUGGACAACGGAAGAGCAUUUGGACGUCAUUCCAAAGAUGAACCAUCCAUUUUAGCUCCACUGCGGCAGUGUUGCAGG